AUGAAUACUAAUCAAGGAGUUAGUUCUAAUGUCUUUAUGAGCUUUAACGUUACUUAGCAUUGUGGGUAGCUCCACUAAACAGAAACUGGUUUGAGCUAACUAAAAAUAUAGGAUGACUUCUAACGACGAAGACAUUAACUUGAAUCAGGUUCUAAUGGAGGAGGAAACUAUUUGUGCAAUAUGCAAGGCAACGUGGAUUCAAAAAGAACCGAGAUGUUUCCCCUGCAGCAAUAUCGUUCAUAUUUUCUGCACUGAAUGUAUCGAAAUGUUAGCUGAACAUAAUGACUCAGAACCGGGCGAUACUAUUUGCUGUCCUAUCUGUCGGGAAGAGCAUGUUUGGACAGAAAAUGGAGUGAGAUCAUUUCCACGUUUAGGACUCUUUGAUAUGGACGAAGACAAACCUAUUCGGAGAAAAAUCUAUACAGAAAACUAUCAAAAUACUGAAAAUAGAGUACUUUGCGAUACUGAGAAACUUCUUACUGCAUCUUUGGGAAACUUGGAACAAGAAGAGUAUUCUAUUUGUGAGAAAAUUAAUUGCGCGACUGAAAAGCUUGCUGAAAGAAUUUCAGAGAGAAACAGGAUACUGUUAAAUGAAGUUGAAGCGUUCUUUGAUAAGAAAAAAGAUGAAAUGGAAGAAAUAAUAGCCGAAUUUCAAGAAUACGAUAAUUUUUCUAGCGAAGAAGAUGGCGAAAUGGAAAUGAAAAUUGAAUUAAGCAAUAAGGCAAUAUCAUGCCUUCAUAGAAUGAUAGACUUCUAUCCCGAAGAAUCAAUAGAGAAACUAAUCGACAUUGGUACGAAUAUUACAACAAGGGAUUUUACAGUAAAAGCAGAAGUUUGUUCAAUACCCAAGCCGUGUACAAUUGUCACAGCGCAAAGUUAUGAUAAUUUUUUAUAUUUAAUAACCGAAAAACCAUCAAAUAGCGAAUAUAGCUACAAUUUCUAUCGUUAUAAUUGGGAAGAAGAACUAUUGGAGAAUUUACACGAGUGGAUCUGUCAAAAUGAACGACAAUUUAAAAUUGCGGUUAAUAAUAAAGUUUACAUUUUAAAUUCUGGAACAAAUAUGGUAGAAUAUGUACGUAGUAUAACAAAAAAGAACUAUCUUCGGUAUCAGUGCCUCUUUAAAGAGUUUUGUUUUGCUAGAAAAGGUAGUUUUUACUGUAAUAUGACAGGAUGGAAUAAUGGAAUUAUAUUAACAAGCGAAAUGGCUGGUAAGAAUUCAACAAUUCUAAAACUCUCUGAUCCAUUUAAAAUUGAAUGGAAAUCAGAAAUUGAUAAUACUUGGGGCUGUGUAAUUGAUAUGAAAUUAAACGGUGAUAAAUUAAUUACGUACUUCUCUGAAAAAUCUUGCUGUAUAUUAGAUUUCAAUUCUGGUGUUGUAUUAUCGACAAUGUCGGCGACAAAUCUAUUUUUCAAUGGUUCGGAUGCAACAUUUAGUUGUUCGAGUAUUUCUUUCCUUACAAGACUUCUAUGUAAAAAAGGUUCAGCUUUAUCAGUAUUCAAUAAUACUUAUUUAAGCGAAUUGAAAAAAAAUAGCGUUGAACUUUGGGUUUAUAAGACGGUUUUCGAUUUAUACAAGACGUUCGAAUAUAAGAAGACUUCCAAGGGAAUAUUAGUAUAUUUUAUGUCGAAAUCAGUUAUAAACACAGUUCAUAUAAAAAGUGUUGAAUAAUGAAUAAAUAUUGUUUGAAAAGUAGAGCAUUUUUCAAGGCAAAUACA